AUGGCCAACUUCGCUGAAGAGUUGUGGAACAGCAUUUUUACACCGGGAACGUCGCCACAACUUGUGAUUGCCACCCACAUUUCAUUCGUUUUAUUAGCAUGCUGUUUGGUCUGGCUGAUCUACAGCACAAGAAGUGUGCAUUUCGUAGCGCUGCUGGUGAUCGCCGUUCUGCUGUGGGCUACGGUGACCUGGUUCAUUGCAGAGCUCCAACAUGCGAAAUUGAAGGACAAUGAAGUACUUGCCCGCGAAAUAGACUCCGAAAAAGAGAGUGGAAAGGAAAAUGAGGCCAAGACACUCAAGGGACAAGAAUCCAGCGAAAAGAAACCACAAGGUAGGUCCACAGCCACCAAAACCGUCAAUAAGACCACCAAAUCACGGAAGGUUUGA